ACGCCAAACAGCAUGCAGAAGGGCUCAGGGAAAAAGUGUGAAGAAGGAGUGAUGCAGGACGGAGACACCAUGAGCCCACAAACGCAGGACUCCAAGAGCUCGACCGGGGAGGAGGAAAGCAGUGUGGUGCCUUCUGCACCACCAUUACCUACUUCACCCCCUUCUCCACCGUGCCAGAGACCGAAAUUGAUAUUUCACACUCAGCUUGCUCAUGGAAGUCCUACAGGCCGCAUUCAUGGCUUCACCAAUGUAAAAGAGCUUUAUGCCAAGAUAGCAGAGGUUUUCAACAUUUCUCCUGCUGAGAUCCUCUUCUGCACUUUAAACUCACACAAAGUGGACAUGCAGAAGCUGUUGGGGGGGCAGAUUGGCCUUGAGGACUUCAUCUUUGCUCACGUCCGAGGAGAAACCAAAGAGGUGGAGGUCACUAAAACAGAGGAUGCCCUUGGCCUGACCAUCACUGAUAAUGGUGCAGGAUAUGCUUUCAUUAAGAGGAUAAAAGAGGGCAGCACCAUCGACCGGCUGAAAAAUGUGUGUGUUGGUGAUCACAUCGAGGCCAUUAAUGACCAGAGCAUUGUGGGAUGUCGUCAUUAUGAAGUGGCCAAGAUGCUGAAGGAGCAGCCGCGAGGAGAACCGUUCACUCUCAGACUGGUGGGACCCAAGAAAGCGUUUGACAUGAUUGGUCAGAGGACACGAGCACCUAAAUCCAGCGAAGGCAAAAUGGUCAGUGGGAAAGAAACUCUGCGUCUGCGCUCAAAAGGAAUGGCGACUGUUCAGGAAGUGCCCAGUGAGUUUGAAGAGAAGGCCAUGAAGAAGGUUGAUGAUCUUCUGGAGAGCUACAUGGGCAUACGGGAUCCUGAACUUGCAACCACCAUUGUAGAAGCCGCCAAAGACAAACAAAAUCCAGGCGAUUUCGCAGAGGCUUUAGACUCAGUCCUGGGGGAUUUUGCCUUCCCUGAUGUCUUUCUGUUUGACAUCUGGGGAGCUCUAGGGGAUGUAAAAAAUGGCAGAGUUUAG